AUGAGCUUGAUUUUAAAGCAUCAUCUAAUAUUACCAAAUUUCAAACUUAAUGAGACAAUACCUUUCAAAAAUUAAAAAUCCAACUCAAUAACAACUUUGAGAUCAGUAUAAAAAACUUAGGCAACUUAAAAAAAGAGUCUUGAUAAACAUUAACCAACUGUAGAAAUAUAAGCAAAUAAAACUGAUUUUACUUUUCCAGUUAUUAACAAAACAUCUCAAAAAGAAAAAACUUAUAAACCUAACUUAACUAUUAGAACAGCCUACACUGAUGAUAAAACAAUAAAAGAUUACUUGGAUCAUUUGAACACUUUAAGAUCUUAGAAAAAUACUUAAAAACAAAAUAAAUUUAAGAAAGUCAGAACUGAAACUGAAAUCGUAUAAUAUGGUGAUAUUAAGUUUAAAAAAGUAAAAGAAAACUCCAUAAAAAAAUCUGUUGCCUUAGUAUCAAACAUCAAGAAUCCUUAAUCUCAUACUUAUAUCAAAUUUAGUGAGCAAAUUUAUGCACUUAUUUUUAGUUUGGAAAAUUUGAAGGUAAUAUUUUGAUAUUUAUUAAAGAAAUAUAUUAACAAUGA